AUGGGCGUCCUCUUCGUUCUUCUCUUUAUUUCGGUCGCUGAUGCCUUUUUGAGUCUCCAUAGUUACACACAAUGCAUUCGCCAGCUACGCGUCGGUGACGUCAUCACCAUCAAGGGGCACGUCAUUGCCGGGGCCAGACAGUGGAAGUGUAGCAUCUCGGAGCAGGGAAUGAAUAACUCCAUCAUCCACGCCGACCAUCGAAUUUCCACCGGGCGUGGGUAUCCAUGCACAGUGCUCAAUGCCAGUUCCGGGUCGGAUUGGGAAACGGAGGACGUAAAAAGUGGUUCGGUUCCGUUUAUUGCGGGACCUUUUGAGAUGACGUUUCGAAUCCUGGAGGAGUGGAUGGUGGAGGUGUACUACAAGAAUGCUUCAUGGGUUGGUACGACUUAUAAACGAAACCAGACAAUUCCGUUGAGCACGGCUCGACAAGUUGAGUGUCACGGUGAUGUCCUGGACGUCACCUUCCAUGGCGCGAGGAUGACUGGCAAAGUCAACCCAGUGGAUAACCGCGAUGAUUGCUUGAAGCUAUCAAGGGGC